AUAGCAGCUACUGCAAGCGCCAGCACUGGUCGUGUUUCAAGAUGCCAUCGGCUUUUCGGCUCGCCGAGGCAGCCCUUUACCUGCCACUCUCCAGCCACGCGCCCGACGACUCGAACCAUGCACACGUUGUGUGUGCGUCACGUCUUUGCUGCCACUCUCUUGCUUGUGCAUACACUCCUCCACGUCGCUCGUUCUAACGAUAUUGUUGCCAUUGACUACUCUUUCGCUGCUGCCAACAUCACUAUGACCACUUGAAGGCAGUACGAACACCCUCACGGCCCGAUCCGCGACAACACAGCGACCAACCUUAAGCACCACAACCGGACGAUCAGUCGGGAUAAUCAAGACGAGACGAGACGAGACGAACAGUGAAAGGCGACCCGGAUACGGCACCCACCCGCCCAAACAGGCGCAAUGCCUGCGCUUCCGCAAAUCCAACGGCAUGCAGCAGACUCCCGCAUCCUCGACUCGCGACAACUACUCAGCUCCGCCGCGCAAUCCCUCUCUUCAGCGACGACCGCGAGUUUUCACAAACUAGCACGAUCGAUAAUCCUACCCCGACAAAGCGGCGGCCUCCCCGCCAUCCCCCAAUACUACCAGUACUCCGGCCCCAGCCCCGGCGCCGUGGUGGGCAUCGUCCUCGGCUCCGUCGCCGGCUUCCUCCUCCUCAUGUGGCUCUUCUGGAGUCUCAGCCAAGGCAACACCUUCCUCACCUCCAACCGUUAUGAGGAAGAAGACGUCGUCGUGCGGCGGCGCUCGCGCAGUCCACGUAGUCACCGCAGUCGACGCACGGAGAUGUCGAGUCGCUCCCCUCCCGCGAGACGGGAACGCGUGAUCCGGACGGAGCGGAUUGUGCGUGACAUUCCCCCUCCGAGGGAACCUAGUCGGAUAAGGGAGACGGUGAUUGUGGAGGAUUUGCCGCCGAGGAUGGAGAGGAGGGUGGAUGGGGAUGAUAUUGUCGAGGUGAUUGAGGAGCAUUCUUCCCUUGGGGGUGGUGGGGCGCCGCCGCCGAGGAGGAAGACAAGGAGGAGCGGGGGUGGUUAUCGGCGCGGCGAGUUCUCGGAUCUCUGAUUUAUGGCUGGCGUGCGGUUGCUGUACAGUACACGCAUUACGUAAGCGGAGGCGUUAGGGCAAUGGUAUCGCAUCGGCAAAACGGUGGCUCAGUCGCAGAUGCUUGGU